AUGUCGCCUAGUACGACGGACCCACAUCACGCCAGUCUGUAUGCACAACGAUGCGCAACGACUGUGAUGGGUAAUCCGAACAGCCAGACCCCGCUGUCUGCUACAGCAGAAAGACUGCAAAUUAAAUUUGAACGCACCGUAGUGAGUGAGGGUGGGGGACACAGCUUUGAGUCAGCCAACAGGGACCGGGAUAUGGCGUGCUCUGGUGUGCUAGAUGAUAUCAAUGGCUACCUGGACGUCGCAAUCGCGAAACUUCCCCACACGUCUAACGAUAACCCGGCUAUAUAUAUGGAUCUUGUCGUCGUCAACCACGUUCUAGAGCUGCUGUCCACAAUCGCCGACGCCAGGGUGCUAUUACUUAUUGACGCAGUUCCCUCCCAAGCUGCCAUCGCUCUCAUAUCAGACAGAUUGCCAGUCGCCCAUACGCCGACGCUUGCCGCCAUUGCUUAG